CUGACUUUGACGUGCAUUUCUACAAGCGCGUUUUCAGCGCAUCACCUGGCCGGCCUUGACUAGGAAAAAGCACCCGAGCAGCAUCUGUACCUUCCUCAGUUUUUGCGCUACGGCUUACGAUGUCGAACUCUAAUUCUGCGCAACCUCCGUCCGCGCUUCCGCUCUCCCAGCUCGAAGGUCUGCGCCACCGCGCCGAACAGAUCAUCGAGUCCAUCCAGGUCCUCGGCGGUGCCAUUGAACUCGGAAAUGCACCAGCCAUGUACCCUUGGCCGGACUUGCUUGCGCGCUACAACCUGCUUUUGUCACAAACACUGAACUUCUCCAACUCGCUCGCCGCUGCGGUUCCCCAGCCGCCUGGUCAGCGUCCGAUCGACCCCUCCGAGCGCGAACGCAUCUUCGAAAAGCUCGCCCUCCACCCAAAAAAGGCGCUCGACGACGCGCAGUUCCAAACCGUCGUCGCGCCUCUCAUCCGGCACAACCAGACGUACGACAUCCUCCGCAAGGAGAGCGCGACCGUCGCCGGCCUGUGCGAGCAUCUCGAGACAAGGGGCUCCGUGGGCGUGCUUGGGGGGCCGACGGGUGGGCAGGCGCCCACCCGCAAACCCACCUACGCCGACGUCCUCGCCGAAUGCGCUGACAUCCGCGACGCGCACGAGCGCCGUGUCGAGCGCGGGCGCCUCGUCGUCGCCCAAAUUCUGGAGAAGACGGAUAGAUACGAAUGGAAGGAGCGCGUCGCAGUCGAAGAGGAGGAACCCGAGGAACUCGGCUUCGACCCCAGAUACGCCAUGAACACCACAACCACCGCCGCGGAGCCAGAGGCUGACUUCGGCGAGGACGACUCCUCUUCCUCGGACGACGAGGGAAUGGGCGAGGACGGUGAAAGUGGUAUGGACGAGGGCGUCGAUGGUGGCAUGAAUGGUAUCGAAGGGGAUGCCACGAUGGAAGACCGAGAGAUGGCGGGUGUGUCGGACGAGCACGACAUACCCAUCGACCCGGCCCUUCAGGCAAUGUGGCAAGGUUGAGGCGGCUUCACCAUCGUUCGCGUAGUUUGGAAUACAAGGUGUGCAACAACUAUCGGAUUACUCAACGCU